CCUCAGUUCAGGUUUCUAACUGACGGCGAGGGGCAAGCGUAUGAAAUCAUCAUCAUCAUCAUCAGUGCGACUUUGCCUGAGACGUCAUGGCCGGUCCGCCUGGAAAGAAGCAGCUCCGUCGAUACAUGAGGCUUAGUUUCCACGCAGAUACCAACGUCAUCAUCGAGCCUUAUCGCGGGGCUCCUGUCCCAGUUUUGGGACGUCAAGAUCGCAUACCAGAUGGAAUUGCAGAAGUUCAGUGGUCUUUCUGUGGGCGCAGCAAGCCUUACCGGACAGCGUUCUACGUUGUAGAAGAUGUUGAAUAUGAUCUUCUCAUCGGAAGACCUUCGAUGCGGCAGCAGGAGCUGUACCGAGUGGAUUCCCCCAUUGCGACGAGGAUUCAUGAAUCGUAUCGAUGUCAGUAG